AUGUCAGCCUGGCACCCAGACACCCAAGCGAUCCACGGCGAUGCGCAGGCUCGUCGUACAGUCGAUCCUGUCGCCCCGCCGAUCUACUACUCGUCGACGUUCCGGGCGUCGUCGGCUGACGAGUUUGCGUCGAUGGCGUCCGACACUCGGCAUCCCGGGUUCUACACGCGCUACGGCAACCCGACACACGAGCAUGUCGCUUCGGUCGUCGCAGGGCUCGAGGGCACAGAGACGGCCAUGGUGACGGCCAGCGGCAUGGGCGCGAUCUCUACCGCCGUCCUGGCCCUCCUCAAGGCCGGUGACCACUGCAUCGCCCAGACCCGGCACUACAUGGCCACGGCCAAGCUCUUUGGCGAGAUGCUCCCCCGCUUCAACGUCGAAGUGACAAUCGUCGAGCAGACCGACCUCGCCGCUAUCGAGGCUGCGAUCAAGCCCAACACCCGGUUGAUCUACGUCGAGACGCCCGCCAACCCCACCAUGGUGCUCACCGACCUCGCGGGUGUCGCUGGUCUGGCAGCCCAGUACAGCAAGUCGACCGAUGACGACAAGCGCAUCAUCACUCUGGCGGACAACACCUUUGCGGGUCCUUUCAACAGUCGCCCGGCGGCGCUCGGCAUCGACGUGGUGCUCCACUCGGCGACCAAGUCCCUCGGCGGCCACAGCGAUAUUACUGCGGGCGUCAUUUGCACGACGAAGAGCUUGGCAGACCACUUUGUUUGGGAGACCUCGCUGACGCUGGGAUCGACUCUGAGCCCGAUGGACGCAUGGCUUCUCCUCCGCGGUAUCAGAACUCUUCCCCUUCGCAUGGAGCGCAUCAACUCGAAUGCUCUCGCCCUCGCCGAGUGGCUUGAGACGCAGCCCGAGGUUGCCAAGGUGCACUACCCCAUGCUUCCCAGCCACGCGCAGCACGAGUUGGCACUUAAGCAGAUGACCGGCGGUGGCCCUGUCGUGGCCGUCGAGAUCAAGGGCGGUUACGAACAGACGUCAAAGUUUGUCGCGGCUCUCAAGCUCGCCUCCCAGGCGGUGUCUCUCGGCGGCGUCGAGACCCUUGCUGUGCACACGGCCGCCAUGUGGGCCGGUAGCAUGAACGACGCGCAGAUGCUCGAGGCUGGCAUUGCUCCCAACUUUGUGCGCUGCUCGGUGGGGCUGGAGAACAUUGAGGACCUCAAGAAGGACUUUGGCCAGGCCUUGAAGGCGGAGUAG